AUGUGUCACAGCAUCCGUAAUCAUCGUGGUGAGAAGCACUUGAGCAUCGCCAUGCCACCUAAUCCGAGGAAUUCUGCUUCGAAGCAUUUCAUUUAUUCGAUAAAACGUAAUUACAUUUCCGUUUUCAUUUUCUCUCAUUUCAUUUCCGGUCUCACUUUUUCUUUUUUAAAGGUAUCGUUAAGCAUAUCCAUCCUGCUCUCGUUGACUGUGUUCUUCUUGCUGCUGGCGGAAAUCAUUCCACCGACGUCACUAGUGGUGCCACUGCUGGGGAAAUUCGUACUCUUCACUAUGAUCCUCGAUACGUUCAGUAUAUGUGUCACCGUGAUUGUGCUCAACAUUCACUUCCGAUCGCCACAAACGCACACGAUGGCUCCGUGGGUGCGCACGAUCUUCAUCAACCAUCUGCCGAAGCUGCUGGUGAUGCGCCGUCCAAUUUACCAGCCGCUGCACCAUUUUAGUGCCGCUUCGCAAAGAUUUAUGUUGCGCUCAUGCCGUGGAAUGGCCGGCGACAAUAUCCCACCGCUGCCGCCGACUAUUGCGUUUGAUCCCUCGGUGCUACUCGAUCAUCAUCUGCUCGAUUCCAGCGACAGCAUAAACACAUGCCGAUUACACGGCAGUCCAACGCAUCAUCCUCAUCACCACCACAGCGGUGGCGGCAGCCAUUAUCACCAUCAUCUGAUGGAUGACUUAGCACUGCCCUACCAGGAUCACAACCAUCACAAUUCGCCGAUGUCGCCGAUAAAUCUGAAUCUGCUGUCAUCGGUCAGCACGGCAGUGCCCAAUCCGCACCAGACGGUGCCGUCCGGUGGAGGUGGCCUGUCGAGUGCCGGCGCGGCUCUGCUUGAUCCCCAUAGCGCCUUCCAGACGAACCUGGCGGGUGGACUCCUCGGAGUAGGAGCCGGCAAAACUAGCACCAAUGUGAUAAUUAACACUGCAACUAACACUACUACUAGGAGUAAUCUAAGCUGUUGUAAUAAUCUUUUCCUCAACGAUGGACGAACCGGCGGUUUAGAUAGUAGUAGCGCUCAAUUAACAAACAAUAACAUCCUGGGCAUUGACGCGUCGACGGCCGUGCCAAGUGUGCCGAUCAUCAACACGACGGUGGACAGUGGCCUCGGUGGAAGUGGCGGCGGCACCACCGACGGUGGCAGCAAGGAUAAAUCGUCGGUGGGCGCGCGGAAUCGAUGGCUCACGUGCCCCGAGCUGCACAAAGCGAUGGACGGAGUCACGUACAUCGCGGACCACACGCGGAAGGAGGAGGAAAGCACAAGGGUAAAGGAAGACUGGAAGUUUGUGGCGAUGGUGCUGGAUCGGCUAUUUCUGUGGAUCUUCACCAUCGCGGUGGUGUUCGGAACGGCCGGCAUCAUCCUGCAGGCACCAACGCUGUACGAUACCCGAGUACCAAUCGAUAUCAAGAUGUCGGAGAUUGCGACGACCACUGCAAAACCGUACAUUGCCAAACCGGUGUUAUAAUCAAGCACCCGUUACCCGCUACCUAUAUUCUUGGUGGUCGUCGUCGUCGUCGUCCUUGGCCCGGAGUUGUUACCGCGGUAAAGCGCUGCUUCUUGCUUUUGUUCUUCGGUUUUUUUCACUCCCGUGGAAGACAAGGCCAGAAGAUUUAACACCCAGCGGGAUCUACAACAUCUAUAUCAGAGAGCCGAGUGGGACGGGAAGGACUAAAUAAAAGAUAGACUAGAGAAGAAGGAAAAAACUGGGGCCGUUCAACACGCGUGGACGGUGGAGGUUGUAGACAGAAGAAAGUUUAUAAAGUAUUUUUAAUUCCUCUCAAGUGGUUUAACAUUGAAGGAGCACAAAAAAAAGUUGAAGAACCAGCAGAGAAUAUAAAAAAGUGUGUCUUGUUUCCAUUGUUUAUUGAGAGGACUGAACUGUUUAAAAUUUUAUUAACGUUUUAAACUUGCUGUAGAGAUUUUCGAGCGUCAAAUUGAGGUUAUCUAGGAGAACAACAGUUUUUCUUUUUGUAAUUGCCCUCAAGAGUAAGCACACAACACCUAGAAAAAGUUAUACCGUUGUAAUUAGAUGAUUGUUGAAAAGAAAUGUUACUAUCGAGUUGGAAGCGUGAAUGGAUCUUUAGUAUGUGGUAAACCAGAGGACGGUGCAUUUAAUCAAUUUACGUCACAUGAUAGGCGCGAUGACGUGUAAGGAUUAAUAUGUUCGUUAGGUUAGUUGAGAUUUUGUUGUAGAAUAUGUGUAUUUUCCGUUAGCAGGUUCAAAACCAACUGAUGAAAAAAGUAAUGUUUUCAAAUUAACAAAAUGUUCACUGCCAGAUCCUACAGGUUUUGCGUUCAAUUCACUUAACAAAACACGGUGAUAUUAGUUAAAAUUUCACAAAAAAAAAUCAAAUCAAUCUCGUAUUCCUAACGUAGCUACCUAUUUAACUGUCGAGAAAACUUCUUUCCCUUCGUUGCGAUUCGCCAUCAGUUUCGUGUUCUUUCCUUCACGCUUCAGAAGUCACAACGAACACACUUCAUACAAAUUAAUCAACUUGAAUGUUUAUAAAGCGCACACCCGUGGAGAUUUAAUCCAUGUGCUCAAAAAUCGAGAUUAUCCGUUUUUCAAUGUGAAAUCGACUAAGCAAUUGUCUCGAAUAAUUAUUAGGAACAACUUAAAACAUCAUUUGGACGGACUCAAUAAUACUGGAUUGAGCUGGCACACCUUCAUCAUCAUUCGUAAACCAUACCCAACACGAACAACUCAGAAUGCACAAAUACUACCAACGAAGAUAUCAUUCACUGGCAGAACAUAACACAAAUCUUAAAUUCACUAACAUGAAUCAAAUCUAGCUAAAUGAUAAUAGUUCUAUUGCUCUAAAUACCUUAAUCUUUCACAAGCUCGACACGUUUUUCCCCUCACCACACACUUUCACCUCCCAACCCACUCACUUUUCAAGGUGAAUCGAACCAAAAACUAAAUAGAAUCACACUUAGCAAACUCACACAAAUCAAACGUUUACUUGCUCACUAGAAGAGAGGAAAAGAACUCACCUGGAAAUAGAAAAUGUUCUCACACACUCACUUACUCACUUCUGCUCACAUCUUUCACCUUGAUAAACCAACCAACCACACAAUGUAUCACAAACAUUCAACUAGGAAAAAAUCAAAUUACUAAUAGACACACACACAAACAAAACAAAACAAAACAAAACGCUGAAAGAAGGAGAAACAAGAAGAAGGGAUAGCGCAUGAUUUUUAUAGUCAGUGAAAGAAAGCGAACAGCUAAAGUAAUAGCAACUAACGACAAAAAUUGAAAUAAAAGGUUAACUUAAAACGGAAACAAAACACUAUUUAAUAUUUUAUUUUUUAAACAAACAAAACAACAGAGUACUAUGAUAAAAAAGUAAAAAAGGGAAGAAAAUACGUUUAUAUACAUAGCUAAACAAAUAAAAGAAAAGUAUAGAGCAGAUCGAUUUAGAGACAGAGAGAUAAAAAAGCAAACACACUCACACACAUACAUACAUAGAGCAGUAACGAACAAAACAAAAGAGAGAAAGAAAAAAAAGAUGUAUGCAAAAAAACGUACUACAUAUAAGGUAGAUGAGAUUUCUUUUAAGAAGAUUUUUUGUACAAUUUUACUCGAGUACGUGAGAUCGAUUUUGAGAAACUUAAACCAAUUUAAUAAUGAAACGAAUUCGAAGCUAAAACUAGUGUCACGUGAUAGCGAAACAACAAACUAACAAUAGGGCAGAGUGGUUUGUGCUAUAGCUCUCGGCAUCAUCGUCAUCAUCACAACACAAUCAAGUGAUUCGCUGAGCAUAAAUCUAAGUCGUGAGUAAAAACGGAGCGGGCUCUCCGUCCUUACGCAUUCCCACAUAUUUUUUUAUGUUGUUCAGUUCCAGCAAUUCAAUCGUAUUUAAUUUGCUUUUUAGUUAAAACUUUUGCAAAAAAAACUACUUUUUAUCAAAGUCAAACUCGACUGCUGUCACCUCAAGUCACGUGGUUUAUGGAUGGUUCUUGAGCUUUAUUGAAUUUUAGGUUGACAUAGUAUUUUAACAGAAAAAAUUGACUGAAAUCUUUGCAAAGAAGUAUAGCAAUAUUGUUGGCAGGCUUACAUUUACAUGUGCCUUCAGCGAUGCGAAGCGGACCAUACGAGGCUGUUUUAGCCGUGUUUGGUAAAACAAUAUUUUUUCAAUUGUUAGGUCUGUUAUAAAUAGUUUUAAAAUAGCAUCUAAUUCCACCGUGUUGGCAGGUCAGAACUUUGACAUUCAAUUAAAGUUAAUUAAAAGCGUUUUCAACUGAAAUCGAGUGAUAAAUAGCUCAAUAAGAAGUGAGCAAGCAAGUUUCUAUCAAAAGUUUUGCAAAAUUAGUUGUUUAAAUAGUGAAAAUCAGCACAUUGGAUGGAGUUAGGAGCGAGAGCUUUACCUGCCAAACAUACGAGAAUUUCCCAUAUUCAGAGUGCUACAAAAGAGUACAUCCGUUAACUUUUUUUUUUUUUUUAAAGUUUACAUUAAUUUUGUACCAAGUUGAAAUCCAGGGUUUUUUUUUAAAAAGAUCUUAUAAGCUGUUUCAUAUGUUUAUAGAACUUUUUCAAAUAAAGCUCAAGGAUUGAUGAAAACAACGAGAAUUGUCUUGAGAAUCUUGAAACCAAAAAACUUUUUCAUUCUUUGGAACAAAAAAACAAACAAAAUUCAAACGCCAUGCAUCUUUAAGAAACCAGUGCCAUUUUUUGUUUCAUUUUGUUUCUGGUUUUAAACUGUAACUGAAUUAUUUUCAACUUGAUAAUUUAAAUUUCUAUGAAAAUCUCGAUGUAAUGGUAUUAAAAUAUCGAAAUCGAUAUAUUUGAAUGUUCAAUGUCUGCAUUUAUUUUAAAUUUCCUGAAUUCGUAAUUUUCAGAUAGUUAAUCACUUCUCAGAUUGCCAAUUUAUUUGAAAGACUUUCCUCGUCAAUAUCAAUAAGUAGAUUUCAACAAUGAUCUUUCAAAAGUAAAAAAAAGUAGCCUUUAACAGCACCCAAUGCCCAAUUUCAAAUGUAGUAUUACUGAAAAAAAGAAACAUUUCUGCGACAAAGGACAAACCACCACAGACUGUUCAUGUGAUGUGAUGAUGAUUGAUGAACCCAAAAGAGAGGUCAAUGGAAUGAACGUACGGGCAACAAACAAGAAACUUUGUGCGCCCUCAACCGAACAGUAAUGCGAAGAGAACGAAGUAGGAGAGGAAAAAAAUGGCGCACGGCCAGGUGCCGGACAUGUUGCUACCAUUCGUGUUUGUUCCGCGGUGCGCUCCAUUUCCGGAGCAAUGCGGUGUGUAAAUGAGUAGAAAGGGGGUAAAUGGAACAGAGAUUGGUAGUGGAGAGCACUCCUUUCGCAACAGUCACUGUGCCAGAGGAGAAGUGAAAGAGCACAACACAACUCACAAAGAUAUUGUAUGCGAGAGGAAAACGAUAAGUGAUUUUAUUGUACAUGAGACAAGAUGGAAAGAAGAGCAACAAACAAGUGAAAAAUAAAUGAGUCUGUAAAGUAAAAAAAUGAUAUUUUUCUCUGUUAAAUGGAAAGAUGUUUACGGUUGGGUACAGAAGGAUUCUAUUUAAAUAUUUGUUAUUAAUAACAUCGUUGGUAUUCUGGUCUUGCGAGUUUAAAAUUCCAUCAGGAUGCAUGAAUAAUAAUGCACUUUGUAAGAAAGCUCUAAGAAAGUGAAGUUGCUGCUGCUGAGAUGAGAUCUAGUUACCACCCUAUUGAUUUAGAAGUUCCUGUUUGAAUAAUAAUCAACAUGCUUCAAUUGCUGCUGCACACGUGUCUUGCUUGAAGGGGACCGUUAUACUACUGCAUGAGGAAGGAUGUUAACUGAAGUAAUGAAGGAUAAACCAAACUGCUAUUCUGUUAAGCAUUUAAUGAUAUUUACACUAGAGGUGCAUGACAAAAUGUGCAGUAAAUCUCCUAGUUCUGUCCUAAUCUAUGUUGUAACUAAAAUCUAGCUAAAACAUUACCCGAUUGACUUAUGGGUUUUUUUCUGCUAAUGUUUCUCGCUAAAACCAAUUAACUCAUUAAGUCAAGUCAACCAGACAAUGCCUCAACUU